GGUGCCUAUUAUGCCUAUACGCGUGAGUGCCCGAUCGCACUAACAGGAGCGCGCACGUGGCUGUCAGCAGUAGGAAAUGCAGGCGAUUUGUGCUAAAUGUCUAACAGCAGCACGACCACACUGAUUGUGAAGGACAGUUUGGGAGAAAGGAAUACCAUUUGGUCGUAAAAUGAUAUACAUUUGUAAGAUUUAAACUCUCUGCAGUUAUGUCAGAGAGUAACCCAGACAUACAUCUAUGUUAACAACACCCGCAUAACAUCAUUAGCCAGCAAGCUAGGCUAACUAGCUCGCUAGUUUUGGGGGACAUUGCGCCUCCUAACCUGCUCAGCCGUUAUCUAUUUAUUUUCCUUUUGUUGCCUGGACACUCCAGCUUCUCAUUGUCGUGUUUUCAUUGAACGGAGGAGUUUAGCGGACCGGAGCUGUGGGGGGCCCGCGGACAAACCCGCUGCCCUGGGCGUCCAGGCGGACGGAUCACGUAGACACGCGGGCCGUGGGAGAAAAUAAGGAGGCGCCAUGGCCGAAAUCUCCACCCUAAUCCCCUCACCUCCAGCUAUAGGUGACACACAUGCUGCCCCCUCCUUCCCCAUACCCUCUACUGCCCCCCCUCCUCCCAGCAGCACCACCCCAGAGCCCCCUAAGGAGAACCCCAUCCCCAAGUCCUCUCUGUACGCUGACAAAGCUUCUCUGACAUUAACUGUACCAGGAGAGACGCUUCCUUCUCACCCUCCUUCUCCCAAGUCUCCCAAGAGAGGGGGGAGAGGACCUCCACCGAGUCCCCCCAAACGCGUCUCAUCAGCGUUAACRCCAGAGACUCCAGUGCCCCCACCUCUAAUACCCCCAGAGAGACCUGCCCCCGUACCUGUAAUAGCCCUAGAUACUCCUGCCAUCCCACCUGUAGAUGUAGCAUUGCGGCAGAGGGAGGGAGUGAAGGAGACAGACYUGGAGGCAGGGGCCAGCCCAGUGUUGGCUGUAAAGCAGGAACUGAGUAACCCAGGGGGCAAGGAGCUGUUAAAUGCCCCCUCAGAGUGCCCUACACAGGCCCACAGUGAGCAAGAGGUACAGGYGGUAACACAGCAGACUACCAGCCCCUCCUCCUGUCUUAAUCUCACCCCUAAUCUCUACCCCAGUGUUCAUGUCACUGUGAACACUAAUCCUGCUACUGAUUAUGCUCAGCCUCAGUCUAUGGUGCAAUCUCCCCCUCCUCCUGCCCCCACUUACACUCCCCCUCCUCCAGACUCCACCCAAGCAGCUGCAGCCCCUGAAGCACAAAAUCCUCAGCCACCAGAAGAAAGCCAAAACCCUCACCCAAACCCUCAACCCCCUCCCAAACUGGACACCCCCAGCCUGUCUCCCAUACCUGAGACCUCAAGCCAAUCUCCCAGAAGGGCAGAGCUACCCAACACCCCCUCCAGAGCAGGGCACCCCAGCCCUCCAGCGAUCCAGGAACCUGUCUCCCUCUCCCUGCCCUACCCCAGAGUUCCAGCCCCAGACACCCUCAGCUACCUMGAGUCAGCCAGCAUGAUGUCAGGGACCCUGGAGUCUCUGUCUGGCCUGGGGGAGGAUGGAAGCUCUAUCGGGUCAGACUCAGAGAUCAACGGCCUGGCUGUCAGACGCACUGACAAAUAUGGCUUCCUCGGUGGGACCCAGUACAGCGAGGGCAGUGAUAAGGACAUCAGAGUUGAUGUAGCACGGCAGAGAGAGCUGAAAUGGCUGGACAUGUUCAACAAUUGGGACAAAUGGGUCUCAAGACGCUUCCAAAAGGUGAAGUUGCGCUGUAGGAAGGGGAUCCCCUCUUCUCUCAGGGCUAAAGCCUGGCAGCUGCUCUCCAACAGCAAGGAGCUCCUGGACUCCAACCCCGGCAAGUUUGAGGAGUUGGAGAGGGAGCAGGGAGACCCUAAAUGGUUGGACAUUAUAGAGAAGGACCUGCAUAGACAGUUCCCCUUCCAUGAGAUGUUUGCUGCUCGCGGUGGACACGGGCAGCAGGAUCUGUACCGGGUACUGAAAGCCUACACAGUGUACAGACCUGAAGAGGGAUACUGCCAGGCCCAGGCCCCGGUGGCUGCUGURCUGCUCAUGCACAUGCCUGCUGAGCAUGCCUUCUGGUGUCUGGUGCAGAUCUGUGAGACGUACCUGCCUGGAUACUAUAGCGCUGGAUUGGAAGCAAUCCAGUUGGAUGGAGAGAUCUUCUUCUCUCUGCUACGUCGUGUCUGUCCCAUGGCCUACCGUCACCUGAAGAAGUUUAAGAUAGACCCCAUUCUCUACAUGACCGAGUGGUUCAUGUGUGUCUUCUCACGCACCCUGCCGUGGUCCUGUGUGCUACGUGUGUGGGACAUGUUCUUCUGUGAGGGAGUGAAGAUAGUGUUCCGUGUGGGCCUGGUGCUGCUCAAGCAGAUGCUUGGCUCCGUGGAUAAACUGCGGGAGGUCCAGGGCAUGUAUGAAACCAUGGAGCGCCUCAGGAACAUCCCACCUGAGUCUGUCAGAGAGGACCUAUUGGUGCAGGAGGUGGUGUCCCUGGCGGUGACCGAGGCUCUGAUCGAGAGGGAGUGCAGUAUUCAGGUAAGGAAGUGGAGGGAGUCCAGGGGCGAACUGACCCACCAGCCUGUCCGAAGGCUCCACGGGACACGGGACAUCCACGAGCACAAGCGUCGGGCCUCCGCCAUCAGCUCCGGGGGUAGCUUCUCCUUCCUGGGGUCCAUCCCCCCUCCAGGGCCCCUCAGGGCCUCCUCCAGCCUGCUCUCCCUCCCCGGCUUCCGCAAGUCCAAAACCCCCUUCCUCUCUCAGAAGAAGGGCUCCUUCUCUGGGGCCUCUGGGAUGGAGGCCAUGCAGCGACAGAACCCCUCAGCGGCAGCUUCAAGCCCACCCAGAGGCCCCGCCCACAAACCACCCAUGUCUAGUGGRUCUGUAGCUAGGGCGCCUGCCUCUCAGAGUCCUUUGGUAGGGUCUGGUCCAGGCCCCUCUUCUGGCCCAGCCCAGACCUCAGCACAGAGCCAGCCUGGUGCAUCAGCCCCAGCCCCAGUACACCAUAAACCACCCAACACCCUCUCCCCCAAAGUCACUUCUGAGCAGAUCACACCCACCAUCCCAUCACCCACCGCUAACAACACCCCUCUGCCCCCGAGCAAGGAAGACAAGAAGAAAGAGAAGGAGGAGGAGAAGAGGAAAGAGAAGGAGAAGAAGAAGGACAAAGCAGACAAGGAGAGCCAGAAGAAGGAGAAGGAGCGGGCAGAGAAAGAGAAGAAAAAGGAGAAAGGGGGGAAGAAAAAGGACAGAGGGGGAGGAGAGGCAGAAGAGAAGAAUGGAGCCACAGCACCAAGAGAUUCGGCCUAGUUUAUCCUGUUAUUCCUUCAGAAAGAAAACGGAGAAGGAAAAAAAGAACAUGGAAGAAGAAAAAAGACCCCCAGAAGUAGAACGAGAGAGCGAAAAGGAGAAGGCCUCCUGUAUAGUGCAUCUUGAGGACUACAUAUAGUCAGGAUGAUUUUGGAGACACCUGGAUCAUGGUUUUAUUAGCGCCCCAGGGGUCAUGCCCCCCCAUACAACCCCCCCAUGCUUUCUUCAUCAAUGAGUUUGAAUAAUUAAGAUGGGACACGUUUCCUUUUGCAACUGGAGAAUUGUCUGUGUGGUUCACAACUGUUUUCUCAUUUAGUUUUUUAUUUGAUUUAGUUUUUAUCAGACUAAAGCUGGUGGACAGACAAGCCGUUGGACAUAGAGUAGGUAGGUGGGAGUUAUAGAUUGGGUGUAAAUAGAACAUCCUAAAUCCAUGUAGGAUCCUUGAGUCGUUCCCCAUAAUGCCCUGUCAUGUCCAGUUUGUGGUCAGAUGUCCAACCGGAAUGCCUGCAGAAAAAAGUAAACAAUUGAAAAAUAUCUCAAACCCAGGCACUGAAAACCGUGAUUGCUGGUAGUCCUAUGGUAUUUGGAUGUCUGGGAGGGCCUAUUUAUUGUAGUGUUAAGUGUUGUGUGAGUGUGUGUGCCUUAGUAGCGUAGUGAGCUGUGUUACCGUUCAAUAUUGCCACCCAGUUUCUCUGCUCUUUCUCUCAUGUCUUUGUCUUCCUCUUUUUUGAGUUGCUUGUUUUCUUCCCCCUUUCUCUCAUCUCUUGAUCUCUAGUCCUCUGACCAGUGACAGAGGAAUAUAAUCCCAACAGGUAAAUGGAGAGAUGUACACUGCGAUAGGGAGGGUUUGUAAGGAGAGGGAGAAAUGAACUUGACAUUCUGAGCCUUGACAGACAGACAUGCAUGGAUCAGGAUGGCACCUCCCUAACAACACAGGGAGUGAUUUAAUUUUAGAAUGUAAUWAUUUUUUUGUUCUUUUCAAGUUUCUCUUGAAUAUGUUUAUAGUGGGAGAUGAUAAUAGAUACUGGUAGUUUAGCGAGGGAGGGUCCUUCUGCAUUCAAUGACAACUCUGAAUCUGCCCGUCAGACCAAAUGUCCAUCUGUUAUUUUUUUGCUUAUGAUAAAUUAAAUAAUAUAUAUUUUUUUUAGCCAAAUAUUAAUUAGGGUGAGGCUUUUAGUAAAUUAACCCAUUGGAAUGUGAUCUAUUUAGAGUGAUUUGAGAAACUUAAGUUGACCACUCCUGUUUGGUAGGUAGGUAGGUUGUUGAAUCUCAUCUGGAUAGUUCAUAGAGAAUGAUAGCGGCCUCUAGUGGCCAAAAGGCCAUUUUAGCAUGAGCAGGGCCAUGAGGGCUUCCGCCAUUUGAAUGUAGUCAACUGGGUGGGACUUCCAACUUCAUUGACCGAUCCCUACUGGUGACCCUGUUGGAGUCGUGCAACCAGGUCAUCAGGAGUGUUCAGCCAAUCGGGAAGAAGAAAAUGGACUACUUUGAAAUGGAGAUUGCCUCAAUGAAGCUGUCACAGAUGCCAUAAUGGCACAGAUACAAUGAGGCCUCUUUCCAUCUCUAUGGGAUAGUUUCACCUCUUACACCUGCGCCUUUAGGACCCAAAGGAAGCCACUUGGUGCUGGGCGGGUGAGGCGUGCCAAUGUAGCAUUAACCUCUGAACUCUGACCUUCAGGCUAUGAUGUAUUUAUGUACAAAGUUGGUUAAUUUAAUCAGAUAUUAUAUAUGUAUUCUUUAUUUUGGAUCUGACUGCUAUUUUUCUAUGCGAGUAAAGUAUACACCUGGUUAACUGGAAGGAUGCCUGGCGAUGUGAAGCCCAGUUUAAGGAGGAUAAUGUUAAGUAUUGUUUUUUUUUUAGAUACUGGUAUGGCUGUUUUGAUUUCAUUAUUGCACAUUUGUCCUCAUCUUCUAAGAUAACAAAUCCUAUUUAUGUCAUUUCAUAUUUCAAGUUUACUGUGGUAGCUAUGGGUAAUGUUAGGUCCACAAUUCUCCAUUUACCUUAUUACAGUAUUAAACCCGACAGUGAUUGAAGAACAGGGGAAUGACCAUCAACUAAGAUUCACAUUAAUAUUUCAGAUAUGACAUCAUUUGAGUGAGCCGAAGGUCAUAAAGUACUGUAUAAGAUACUGGGAGGRGUUUAGUCAACUCUGACAAGGGUUGUAAUUUGAAGAUCUGAAGUUGUCUUUGUCAUGCCAGUAUGUUGUAACCAACCACCAUAAUGAUGUUUUGAUAACUCCCUAACCCACUCACACAGUGUUAUGUAACAUAUGUAUACUGUACAUUAGAUGGAUAGUGCCGGUUAGUUACUGUAACACCAUUCCUUGGUGGAAACCGUUGAUUCUCUUAACACUGAGUCUCUGUACUGUUUUUGUAGGAGAGGAGGGUCUUUAGUGUAACCGUAGCCAAAAUGUCCUUUUGUGUUCACUAUUUCUAUUUUUUCCCAACUCAUGUUAUUUUUUUAAGCCUCUGCUUUCCCCCUUCUUCCUCCACAUGUUGCUUCCAGUCUUCUCAGAAUCACUUGGAUCAGAGUAGAGUCAGCGACGAUGACCUGAACAUGUUUAUGCAAACCUUACUGUUCACAAAGCAUGUUGUCAAACAGCAGCACUGACGGCCAGCAAUGCCACUGCUGAGAUCAGUAGUGUUCAUGGCAAUAAUUAGACGUUGGAGAACCCUGAGAAUGCUACAGAACCAAUCAGGAUAGAGCAAUAUUUCUCCAAGCAGGCCCUGGCUUCAUCCAAUUGGGUAGUUUCCUUAAGGUCCUCAAUUCUGUGUUGAGUCAAGAGGUCAUGACAGUCAUCCUGUCAUUGCUCCCAAACUGAUCUGGAUCUGGAAUCAGUCCUCACGCCUGAAAUAGCCAGGAUGAGUCAACAGAGACACUUAGGUCCUGAGUGCAUUUCUGCAUUGGUCCUGAAAUCCUUGAGCUUGAUUGAUUUUAAUCGGGAGCYUUCCACUGAUUAGAUUUUUUUUAAAGGUUGUUGCUUUCAUGUUUUUCUAUUUUGUCAUGGUUUCUCCCCAACUGUAUGUCUUUUGUUGUUUUAAGUUUACAUGCAACUGUUAUUAGUGGAAAAAUAAAAUCCUAGAUAAUGAAAUGCAUUCCUUACUUGCAGAAGAAAAUCUACACAUGAUGUAUUUAAUUAAUGAUAAUGACAGUUGUGAUGAAUAAUAAACCAUAAUAUAUUAAAGAACCCUGCUCUGUA